GCUCCUGCACGGCCCCCUUGGCACCAUGGCAGCGUUUGCUGGAGCGUGGGCUGUGGAUGGCACCUCCCUGGCAGAGGCCGCCCGUGCCGGGCAGAGGAGCGGUGCCAUGGGCCAGGCCCGCCACGGCCUGGCCGGCCGAUGGUGCCACUGCUGGUGGGGGCAUGGCUUCGCCCUGGGGUGGCACGGGGCUGGCAGCGCCCCAGCCGGGAGCUUGCAGGGCUGUGAGGGGCAGAGGCCGUGCUGUGUGUGCCUGCCGGUUUCCAGGUGCGCCUUCCACGUGUGGUCAGUGGGAAUUUGCCUCCGGAGCAGCUGCGCGCCGCCAGCGAGGAGAGCGGGAGUUGGCAUGGACAGGGAAGGCUGCUUGUCCCCCAUCAGCCCAGAGUCAUGGCCCCUUGUGCAGUCUUUCAUAUGCCACAACCGCAUGCUCAUCCUGGACGGCCACGUGCAGCUGAAGACGAGUCUGCAGACCCAGGAGCGACACCUUUUCCUCUUCACAGACCUUCUGGUUGUUGCCAAGUCCAAGUCACACUCUCAUUUCAAACUGAAGUGCCAAGCACGUCUCUGUGAGAUGUGGACAGCAUUUUGUACAGAAGAAGUGUGUGAAGGCAGCACAGACCCAGACCGGUCCUUUGUUUUGGGCUGGCCCACCACAAACUGUGUGGCAAACUUCAGGUCUGCAGAACAAAAGGAAACAUGGCUGUCUGUUUUGCAAAGUCGGAUAAGAGAAGAGAAGGAAAAAGACAAUCCUAAAAGCAUUCAUCUGACAAUAAUUGCAAAGGACGUGGGAACUUGUGCAUAUUCAAAAACCCUAAGUGUAACCAAUGUUGAUACAGCCAAUGAUGUAAUUCUGAUGGCCCUGCAGCAGCUGGGAAUUAAUGGCUCUGAAAAAGACUACAAGCUAUGGGUGAUUUCAGGAAGAGAACAUGCUCCUUACCCUCUUAUUGGACAUGAAUAUCCCUUUGGAAUUACAAUGAGCCACAUUCGUGACGCUAUGCCCCACGGAUCAAAGCACUGUGCCUGCCCCAGGCAGCUUCAGGGCCCUUUCUCGACGGAGCAGCUGCCCCAGGAGCUGCAGUGCCAGUUUGUGCUGAAGCCCAGCCAGGUGGCUGUGUGCCAGCAGCUGAACGACUUAAGCCAAAAGUCAUUUAAAAGGAAAAGAUCUAUCAUAAAUUGGGCUUUUUGGCGUGGCCCAGGCACUCACUUGGACAAUGCACCCCUCUCCUCAACAUCUGCUGCUCCUGGGAAGCUCUUUGGCCUCUUACUAACAACCAUCUGUGAGGAUGACAACCUGCCCAAACCCCUCUUGGACAUGCUUUCCCUCCUUUACCAAGAGGGGCCUUCCACCAAGGGUAUUUUCAGACGUUCUGGAAGUGCAAAAACAUUCAAAGAGCUAAAGGAGAAGCUUGAUUCAGGCACUGAAGUGGACCUGGCCCGUGAAUCCAUAUUUGUGACAGCAUCUUUGUUUAAGGAUUUUCUUCGCAACAUCCCAGGCAGUAUUUUAUCAUCCCAGCUGUGUGAUAAGUGGGUCUCUGUGCUGGAUCAAGGAAACAAUGAAGAGAAGAUAAAAAGCAUCCAAAGGUUAUUAGAACAUCUCCCCAGAGCUAAUGUUGUUCUCUUGCGUUACAUCUUUGGAGUACUGCAUGGAAUAGAAAUGCGAUCUGAGGAGAACCAGAUGAAUGCCUUUAAUCUAGCUGUCUGCAUUGCACCUAGCCUGCUCUGGCCUCCUGUAUCCUCCACUCCUGAUAUAGAAAGUGAAUUUAUUAAAAAGAUUUCUAGUCUGGUACAGUUCCUCAUUGAGAAUUGCUGCAGGAUUUUUGGAGAUGAAAUUACCUCCCUCUUUGGAGAAAUACUGAUGACAUGCAAGAGAGAGAACAGCUCAGAUGUUGCUUCUCUUCAUCAGAAUGACUCUUCCUAUGACAGCCUGGAAAAUGAGGCGAAUGAUGAAGCUGACUCUUCCUCCAGUGACUGGAUUAAAACCCGUGAUCAGGAUUACAGAAGCAGGGAGUCUGUCUUCACUCUGAGCGAUGGCGAUUCGGAGCAGACGGAGGUGGAUGAAAUCCAAAGCCAGACCAAACUGAAGCAGUUGGAAAUUUCUGACGACGCGCACCCGAAGUUUUCCUUGCAAGAAAACUCAAAGGAGUCUCCCUACUCCAGCGGUUUCCCCUCAGCGGCUACCUCGGGUGCUCCCAAGACUGUGAGGAGGCAGCGGCGCUGCUCCGAGCCCGCAGUCGGCCUGCAGAGCUCCAGCUCGGCCCGCGCCGCGGCCGGGCGCGAGAAGGCCGCGCGCAAAGCCAGCUGUGACGUUGUGCUGUCCCACGGAGACGAAGAGUGUCUCUGCCAGCGCCAGUCCUUGCAGCUGGAAAGGCAAAAGCUCGGCAAUCAGGGCUUGCUUGUAGGGAUUGACGUUGGUAAAAGUGACAGCACAAACAAAAACGUUGAGAGGAAAGACCUGUUUCAUUGUCUCCUGCCUCCAACGCCAGAGGGAUUAAAUACUUGCUCAGGAUUUAGCUCUUUUAGCCAGUCUUCCUCUGGGACAUCUCCAUCUGUGUCGUCAAUUUGCUCCCUGGACAGUGCUUUCUCCCAGUUUUCAGACCAGGCUCUGUUUACCUUAAGUGAAACUUCCUCCCCUUUCGAUAGCACUUUCCAGUUGCUAAAGAAACACGAGGACGCUGCUGCUGCUGCUCUGGCUGAUGACUGUUUCCUGCCACCUACCACAGUGCCACCAUCUCCACAACCUACUGACACUGGGGCUGAGAGGGGCUUGGUGGGGCCCAGCAGCAGGUCAGCACCCCUGAAACCUACUGAUGGAGUCGAGGGCUGUUUCAUUAAGCCUGACCUUUGGCCAUUGCCUCUGAAAGUCACUGGGAGAGACGGACUUCACGAUCAAAGAGAUGGUCUAGAAAAGCAUUACAGCAAUCCAAAGUUUGAAGAGACUGACCAAAGCUUUUUGCAGAGGAAUCUUAAUGCUUAAAAUAAACACCAUAAAGAAAAUGCCUUUGGUGUUGAUGUGUGUUCAUUUUAAGUUUAACAUCCAGAUUGUUCAAAUUUAAUUGAGCAGUCCCUGGACUCACAGGUUUUCUUUUUUUUAGGAAACCGAGUAAUGUUCCAAUAUAAAGCUUUGAGGGAACAUUGCAGGAAUAAUAAAAAUUGCUGAGAAGCAAGCUGAAAUCUCCUGAAAAUGUGGAAGGGACCCAGGAGGUAACUAAGGCCAGUGUCCUGUUCCCUGACCCUGCGAGGGCAGCGGGCUGCCUGCUGGGCCUCUCUCCUUGACCACUCGAGUGUUGAGCCUUGAGAUGUGAGUCCCAGUCCUUUGUGCUUUUGAUGUAGCGUGCAAAGUCAGCAUAGCUUCCAUAACUGUGGUAUUAUACUACUGUUCUGAAACUGAUAAAUAUGACCUUCAUUGUCCUCCAAGGAGUAAGUGUGUUGUUUUCUGUAUGUUUAUACAGUAUGUUUGAUAGGUGUAGUUAUUUCUUUCACGCUGCAAAAGAAAGAAAAAAGUAAACCCAAAAAUAUGUAAAGGGAAACGCUGAAUCUUGUAACUAACACCUUGCAACUCUGUGUUUCAUUUAUUGUGCUUUGUUGGCUGUUCUGUUCAUGUUUAAGUUGUGAAUAGUUUCUUAACAUUGCUGUAAAUGGCAUUAUGUAUUAUUGCAAGCAGAACACGUGUAAUUUUAUUAUGCAACAUCUAAAACAUAAAACCACAGAAUGGAUUGGUUUGGAAAGGACCUUAAAGAUCAUCCAGUUCCAACCUCCUGCCAUAGAGACAGGGAUACCUCAGAGUAUCUCGCUCAGUUGCUCAGAGUCCCAUCCAACCCAGCCUUGAAUACUUCCAGGGAUGGGGCAUCCAUAACUUCUUGGGCAACCUGUUCUAGUGCUUCACCACUCUCUGAGUAGAAUUUCUUCCUAAUCUAAUCCUGUUCUCUUUUAAUUUAAAACAUUGCCCUUUGUCCUGCUGCUAUCUGACCUCAUAAAAAGUCACCUCCCUUCUUUUUAGAAGCUCCCUUAAGGUAGUAGAAGGCCUAAGUGAUGUCUUCCUGUAGCCUCCUCUUCUCCAGGCUUAACAAUCCCAACUCUUUCAACAUUUCCUCGCAGAAGAGGUUUUCCUUUCCUCUAAUGUUCUUUAUGGUCCUUCUCUGAACUCCCUCCAGCAGUCCCUGUGCUCCCUGUGCUGGGAGCCCAGAGCUGAAGCAGCCCUGCAGGUGGGCUCUGAGCAGAGCAGAGGGGCAGAAUCCCCUCCCUGGCCCUGCUGCCCACCACUGGAUGCAGCCCAGGGCACGUUUGGCUCUCUGGGCUGUGAGAGCACACUGGCAGCUCGUGGCCAGCCUCUCACCCUCCAGCACCUGCAAAUCCUUCUUGGCAGGGCUGCUCUCAGUGAGUUCUUCUCCCAGUCUGUACCUGUAUCUGGGCUUGUCCUGACCCAGGGCAAGGUGCAGCACCUUGCACUUAGACUUGCUGAGCCUCCUGACGGUCUAAUGGGCCCACUUCUCAAGUUUGUCCAGGUCCCUCUGGGUGGCAUCCCGUCCUUCUGUUGUGUCAACUGCACCUCUCAGCAUCCUGUCACCUGCCAACCUGCCGAGGGUGCACUCGGUCUCACUGUCUGUGUCCUACAUCAUAUAAUAUAUUGGAGUAAUGCAUUAUCUAAAUGCUUUGAGUUUGUAUAAUAUAUCCUGUUAAAUUUUGCUAUUAUAUAUGUUCUGAAAAAAAUGUGUAUUUUUGUACUUGCAAAAAACUGCUGCUAAUUUUACAAGUUCUGUUUUGUUGUUAUGGCACUGGUAUUGAUGUGUAUGCAUUCAAUGCUAUAUAUUAAAUAUUAUUUGUUAUGUCAUAAA